AUGAGACACACGGUAGUAUUAAUUUCGCUAGUAGCUGCUGUGGUGGCUGAGGCGCCGUACCACUUGCCCCGUCCACCACCACAAGCACCGGUGUUUAGUUACGCCCCACCUGCACAUCAUCCUCAACCACCGCCGCACCAUCACAGUCACCAUUCUUCAAAUGGUUACAAUUACCAAAGACCAUCAGUCCAACAGCCACCGCAAUCAAACUAUCGGCCUCAGCCAGUGCCCCAACCCCUGCCAGUGUAUCAACCUCAGCCUCAACCUAGCCCGUCUUAUGGACCUCCGCAACCGAUACGUCCUCUCCCAAUAGCUGUUCCUCAACCACAACCAAUUCCUCAACCACAACCCGUAUACCAACCGCAGCCUAUUCCUCAACCCCAACCUGUAUACCAACCACAACCAAUUCCUCAACCACAACCCGUAUACCAACCGCAGCCUAUUCCUCAACCCCAACCUGUAUACCAACCACAACCAAUUCCUCAACCACAACCCGUAUACCAGCCGCAGCCUAUUCCCCAACCACAACCUGUAUACCAACCGCAACCACAACCCAGCCCCUCGUACGGUGUCCCUCAACCAAUCCGCCCUCUUCCUGCUAUAAUUGCUCCUCAACCUGAACCCCAACCUCAACCACAGCCAGCCCCCAUUCAAUAUUAUCAACAGCAAGAAACUCAAGGGUAUUCAUACCAACAAUCGGCUCCGAGUCAGUCUUUAUCGUCAGGUCAACAAAAUGGCAAUUCUGGUCAAUCAAGCUAUCAGGCUGAUUUUGCCCAGUACAAUAGCCCACAGCAGCAACAAACACACAGUGAGGCUCUCGACGAAACGGUCGUAUCAAGAGUACAGAACAUCAUAAAAGAUGCCGAACAUACUUCAGCCAGAGAUGCCGGAUACCUGUCACUAGUUUCUGGUGUUUCUUUGGAGAACGCGAAGCCCAGUAUCGAAGUUUUAUCAUUCGUUCACAACUCACCGCUGUCGACUGGAUCAAGCCAGAGUUACAGCUCGCAGGUUCAAUCCGGUGGAGCUAGUGAAUCAGAGAGUAUUGGAUUUUUACCUCAAUCUAAGCCCUCUUCAUCUUAUGGUGUGCCCAAUUAAAUUUAAUGUUGUUGAAAUACAUAUGUAAAUAUACGCUUAAAUUUUUGUAAAUAAAUUUAUCAUUUUUACCGA